AUGUCUCCUUUCUGCUUAUACGACCUCAAGCAAGAAACCCCCGGCGGUCGACUAGGUAUCAAGAAGAUCCGUAAUCUUGAAUACCUCGAAAGUCACCUAUCGAGGGAAAAGUAUACUUUUGGCGCUCUUUGCAUGAUGUUAUCUCAAGUAGGAACAGAAGGUCAGAUUCACGCGAUGGAGAAGAAACAGUGGAAGAUGAUCAAAUCAGUCAAACGAGCUGGACAUGAGGUUGAGACGGAAAGGCCUUACGAGGAUGAAUCCGUUCAUGAACCAACCGAUCAAGAUGAUAGCGAUAGCGAUGCCGAUUACGAUUUCGAUGAAGAUUCCGAUUUUGAAGAUGAUAACGGUUCUGAUGGUAUUGGUUCCACUGGAAAUGGGGUUAACUCGAUCAUCUCAGGUGGUUCGGAAGUGGACGACGAAAAUGAUGGUGGGUAUAAUGAAGAUGAUGAGGUUCAAGUCGAUGCAGAAUGA